CAUCCAACAACGGAAGCGGAUAUAAAUCUUUAUGGUUCGCUUAAACAAGCUUUAGCAAGUGUGGACCCUUCGGAUCUUACAUGGCAAGAUCCAGAAGCAAGCAUGGUUCUAAGUGAUGACUCAGAAGUU